AACUGGCCGUAUUGCGGCUCUGCCGUGUUGCUAUGGCCACUUCCCUUGCCCGCGCGGGCUUCUGUGCCUGGGCUGAGCGUAGAUGACCCCCCAGGAUUGGCCCUGCGGUCCCCCGGGGGCAGAGCCGCCCUGCGCCCUCGAUUGGAGCCCCCUGAGCUUACAAUGGCAGGUACAAGACGAGAUGCCCAUCAUCAAAUACCCCCGAAGAGUGGACCCCCUUUGGCACGAAUGGGACAGGAAGGCGCAAAAGUGCGGGUUGAGGCACACGGUUUACGCUGUCAACGGAGACCGCUACGUCGGGGAAUGGCUGGACAACAUCAAACACGGCAAAGGAACACAAAUAUGGAAAAAAUCCGGAGCGAUCUACAGCGGAGACUGGAAAUUCGGAAAACGAGACGGCUUCGGGACUUACAGUAUUCCGGACCCUGUGACAAAAGAUUAUAAGAAAGUAUAUUCCGGCUGGUGGAAGAAUGACAAAAUGUGGGGCUACGGAGUUAAGUUCUACUCCGAGGGAGAGUAUUACGAGGGCGAAUGGGCCUGGGGGAAGCGAAACGGCUGGGGGCGGAUGUACUACAAAGACGGGGCCAUCUACGAAGGCCAGUGGUCCGAAGACAAGCCCGGUGGUCAGGGGAUGUUUCGCUGUAAAAAUGAAAACCGCUACGAAGGUUCCUGGAAAGACGGAAAGAAACACGGUCCGGGAAAGUUUAUCUAUCUAGACACCGGCCAGCUCUACGAAGGGUACUGGGUGGCAGACAUACCGAAGUGUGGCACCAUGGUUGAUUUUGGCAGGGAUGAAGCUCCCGUGCCCACCCAAUACCCCAUCCCCAAGAUUGAACUGGCGGAUCCAGACGGAGUCUUAGAAGAAGCUGUUCUGAUAUUACAGAACGCCGAAAUAUUCAAUUCUCAGCCCCAGAAAGAACGAGGAUGACUAUAAUUCUGCAGACAUUUCUCUGGUCAAGGCUGCUUUUUAACAGAAAGGUCUCUCUGAUGGAUGCCAUUCCUUGGAAUAUAUUAUCCUGGCUGUC